AUGUGCUCACCGUCGGCCGUGGUGUGCCGCGAGAUAUUCGAUGAGAAUAGCCAGCCUUCUGCAGAGGAAAUAUCUGAUUAUGCCUGCCAAUUGGGCAUUGACCCUGAGAGUGAGAGCCAUCUCUUGCCACUGGCUCGAGAUGGUCUCAUGCAAGCGCUGCCAGCACCAUGGAAAGCUUAUUUCGAUGAAAAACUUCAAACACACUACUACUACAAUGAAGACACGAAAAACACUCAAUGGGAGCAUCCGUUAGAUCACGUUUAUAGGGAACUAGUGAAGAAAGCUCGGGAUGCGUCGAUGCAAGAUGACACGUGUGCUUCUGUACAGGAACUAUUAACAUCAGAAGAAAACACCAAAAAUCUAGAACGAGUAGAAACAAAAGUAGAAAGCGAUGAUGACGAUCUUAGUACUGACAGUGAGCAAAAUGACGUAAAAGAUGUGAAUUCGACUUUAGUACAUAAUAGACGUUUAACCCCUUUAGGGAGACCCCCACUGCCCCUUUCAAGAUUAGAUAAAAAGCUAGCCGAAUUGAGAAUAUCACCCUUAAGAAGGAGUGUAGAUAGCACAAUGACUCCUAAACCACUUAUACGGAACACAUCAGACAGAGAUAUACUAGGUCGGACGACUUUUGAAAGGCCAAAAAUGCUAUUUAAACAACAAUCAGAGAUAAUAGAUUUAAAAAUGAAUGUAUUAACAAGUCCCGAAGAGGAGAAUUUUAGCUCGUUGUUAGCAUCUGCCAAAGUAGAUAAGGGGUUGCCUUUGACUGGUAAAGGCAACAUGUUUCUCAAGAUAUCUCGCUCAAAUUUGCCAAGUCCAGAUACAGAGAAGUCACUUAAUGUAGAAUCUGUUACUAAAAGCGAUCCACCGAAGGGUAUAUUAAGGGAGAAAACAUCGGAUUCAUUACACAGGAAGGCAGAGAGUGCUGUAUUGGGCAAAGCGAAGCAAACGCCAAGUUUUGAAGAAGAUAAGAAAAGUGUUAGAUUUAAAUUGGAAAACCUUCCCGAACCUACACUAAGUCCGGGUUCGAACAGUUCAUCCGAACAGAAUGACGGACAAAGUUCCAUUAUCAGUGUGCCACCAACUAUGCCUUCCCCCAUCAUACCAUCAUCACCUAUCACACCACCAAUAUCACAAAACUCAAAUCCUAUCACAGCCAUCAUGUCCCAGUCUAUGCCAUCACCUAUCACACAAACAAAUAUAGCUCCUAUCAUACCUAUCACGUCUAUCACACUAUCACCAUUAGUAACAAGGCCACCAUUGCCACCUCGAAUCUUAGACAGUCCGAGAGAAGUGAAAAGUAUAUCGGUAUCAGAAAAAGACUCUUUAGAUAGUGAAAGUGUUAAUCGCGGCACAUCUCCAAGAAGACGUUUAGUGAAACCGCCUCCAGGUGAUUACAUAAAGCCGGAGUUAUUUCAAAAGAAUUUCCAAAAAAUAUCCGAUUUGGUGCGACGAGCAGACAUCGAACCCCCGUCACUUACGAUCGAAGAACCGUCAUCUGAUAAAGAAGCGAGACCGAGAUCACCAAUGAUACCGUUGAAAAGUAAAAUUUCCAUUAACCUAAUGGAAAGUAUUGAAUCUGAGACAUCAAUCGAUUCUCCCGACCGUGAAUUCGCUAAUUUAGACCUUAACGACUUAGACGACUCCAAUGCACAAAAACCCGAGCCAGAUACAAAAGAUAAGGAAAAAACUCCACGAACAGACGACAAUCAGUCUAAAACCGAAUCUAUACAAAGAUCCCGCGACUUACCAAUACUACAAAUAAAAGUUCCUAAAUUAGAUUUCGCAAAGCCAUUUACACAUUCCGAUUCGGAAGAUUCGAAGCGGUCGAAGGAUGAUGAACCUAAAAGUAGUGUACGAUCGCAUAGUAUCGACGUCCCGAAAGACAUAAAAGGUCAAUUAAAAUUAUCUCCCACACAAAGUUUAACAGAUAGAUCACCGCGUUUAGAAUUCACCAAAAAUUGGUCAAGCCCUCUAUCGACUUUCAAACCUUUAACCAAAUCUAUUAUGAACCCCUUAAAAACGUCCGAUUCGGCUUCUAGUUUGGGCAAAAACCUAACUAGUCCUAGAUUGGAUGGUGUUAUUAUAUCUCAGGGUAAAUCGAGUUCAGAUAACGUGGUAGUAGUUUAUCAGUUUGAAAGUCAAGAUGAAACUCAGAAACCUAUGAAAUCUCCACUAAUACCUGAUAUGGGGGUUCGGGAGAUGUUCGAAAGGAAUAAACAGGAUGAGAGAAGGAGAUUAGAACUGUCUCUACAGAAAGAGUUGGAGAUCAUCAGAAUGGAAUUCACGGCGAAGGAGAAGAGAAUGAGGGCGGAAUUGCAAGAAGAGUUGAAGGAAGCUGAAGAGAAGUUCUUGAAUGAUAAGAGAUUGAGAUUGUCUGAGCAGAAUGAUAGACAUAGACGGGAAAUGGAGGACGCACUAUCCGAAGCGGAACGAAAUCAUAAACAAGAAUUACAAAACAAGUUAAAAGAACUCGAAAGAAAAUAUCAAAAUGAUGUUGAAAUGACUGAGAAACAGCAUGAAAACAAUAUGGCGAGAUUGAGAGAGGAUUUUAGCGACAAGUUUAUUGAGUUGAGAGAACAGUUGGAGAUUGAAAACGAACGCGCUUUAUCGGAUAUACACAGCCAAUUACAAAUGAAUCUGAACAGAGAAAGAUCUAGAAUGAUAGAAGAGAACAGAGCCACCGUAGAGAGCUUGAGAGAAGAACACACCACCAGAAUUACUGAUCUGCGACACGAUUAUAGGGCUGAGGUGGAGCGCCUGCGCGCGCAGCACGCCUGCCACCUGGAGGAGCUGCGCGCGCGCCUGGCGGGCGAGCGCGCGGCGCGCGGCGGCGGCGGCGAGCGCGCGCUGCACGACAAGUACCGCUGUCUCAAGGAGAAGUACGCGCGGCUCAAGCAGGACGUUAAGAUGUCAAUAGAAAGACGCAAUAAAAGAAGAGAAAUGAGCAUGACAACUGGUUCUGAAACUGAAAAAUCUAAUUCGCACAAAGCGAAUCAGUCAUUAGAGAGAUGUAAAGAAUUAAACGAAACGUCAGUGAGCGUCGUCGUAGAAAUGGAACCAUCAAGGAUCAAAAACAACAAUCCAACUAUAAAGUUCAAUGACAAUGAAACUUCAUAUUCAGAAAGCAAUGCUCAGAAAUCGGUAGAUAAUAAUAAUAUUGAAUGGAAGAUUAGAAGAGAUAAUACAAUCCAGUCGGACACGUCGCAAAUGUCUGCAAUGAAACAUUCAAAAAAUAAACGCAAUGCAGUAGCUUUCCGCGAACCGCCGCGUCGGCGGAGAGAUAAUGAUGGAGGUGCGACCACAGAUUGCCAAGACUCGUCGGAUGCGACCACAGCCGAUGAGAAACCCAAAGAAACUAUCAAUGGAAAUGGUCCCGGGCGAAGAAGAUGUUUCACGAGAUUAAAGUCAGCAUCAACAUCUCGUCUUAACUAUUCACCUAAACGUGGUGAAGGCUGGUCUAGUCCACUAGAGUCUCUGAGGCAGCAGUUGAGGAAGUUAGAUGAUUUGGAAGACCAGUUCCCGGACCUGGCGUGCCAGCCCGCGUACAGCUUGCGGUAUCCUUUCGCUGAAUUAGGCCCAGUAACAAUAACAGAUACACCCGAAUUAGAAUUUGUAAGGCAUAGAGCCCUAGUAGAGAGGGAAGGGAUGAAGCGUGCCCGAGCAGUGCUAAGGACUCGUAGGGCUGCCCUAAGGGAGUCUAGGGCUUCGGUCUCCCCUCAUAGACCUCCGUCGGAAGAACGUGAGACCACCGAGCUAGAGGUUGCGUUGCACCGAGCGCGUGCUCUGCUCGGCGAGAAGGAGAUACGCCUGCGGCAUAUAGAGCGCGCUCUGCGUCGGCUCGCCGAUGCUCAUCCGAUACAGCAGGAGAAUACGACGGACUCGGGGUCGUCCGUGUCGUCGGGCGGCGGCGCGGGCGCGGGCGGCGCGGUGCUGCGCUCGCUGCGCGCGCUGCACGCGGACGUGCGCGACAUAUGGCGGGCGCUGGACGCCAGGAAGAUGGCCCUCACUAACACUGGGACUGCGUCCCCAGAAACAAGUUCUUGUAAUAUGCCAACAACUUCUCAAACCAGAAUGACGUUAUCCGCCCCGGAUCCUGUACUACAUGACAAUUCAGAUGGUGUCGCAGAAAGAGCUAAAGGUUUGCGUGCGUGGUUACAAACCACACCA